UGUCAGAAAGAAAAAACUUUAAAAAACAUCUUUAUAAAAGGCUGAAUUUUGUUGUAAAAAACACUAUAGGACAAUAUAUGAUAUGAUCAUAUAUCAUUAUAUGGUCUUUACAGAUCAUAUCUCAUCAUACGAGAUAUGAUCAACAUAUAGGCCUAGGCCAAUAUGAUUAACAUAAAAUGAUCACAGAUUUGCAUUAAUCUACAAGAUUUUUGCUAAUGGAAUGUAAAUGCACUUAGAAUAAUCUGUAGUAAAUUCCUGAUGGCUAAAUGUUGAUAAAUAAAUGUUGAUCUUGAUGUUUCAAUGUGCCUAUUGAUCCAUAAUAAAUAAAAAGAGCACUGAAAAAUAAAAAAUAAAAGAGCACUGAAUAAAACAUGGGUAUUGAACAUUAAUGCGCAUGAUUCGUCGCGUAAGUUCCUCUUAGAAAUUAAAAAUUUACUUUAUUUGGGUGAAAGGAUUACUGAAGAACUUGUACUAUUUUACAGUGAUUUUACAGUGAUUCAAAUAAAUAUGCUGUUUGAAAUUAAAUCAUUUGAUAUUUAACGUGAGGUUUUGACUGCAGGUGCACGCUUACGUCAUCAUAGCGCAAUAAAGUAAAAGGGGAGUGCAAGAGUGGUCACUAUUUCUCUAACGUUAGUCCACUUUAUCUCUAUCAAUCGGUUUGGAGUUCGAGACAGAAGUAUUUAAUUCGCCUUGAGAUGCAGCAGUUUCCUGAUGCGGUUUCAGACCUCCUCCACUUUUAGGCUAAUCUUGUUAAUCGUAGGAUGGGAGUGACUUCGACGGAUAAAUACAACUUGGUACUUUUCACACUGGAAUUAGUUUCAUUGGUGCAGGGAACAUGUGCAACAUGUGAAAACAUAUUUAAAGGUUUCUCAGACUGUCUGCUCAGUCUUGGUGAAAACAUGGUGAACUAUCCCCAAGAGCUGGAUGAUAGCGAAAACCUACAGACCAUCUGCUCAUAUUGGAAUGACUUCCACUCGUGUGCCUCCACCGCAAUUGCAGAUUGUCAAGAAGGAGCAGGACUUUGGGAAAAACUGAAACUGCAGUCCCGGAGCUUGAACUAUCAGGGAAGCUUGUUUGAAUUAUGCUCCAGGGAUAAUGGAGUAUCCAGAGUUUUAUUACCAAUGGAACUGAAGAUACUGCUGAUGUGUUUCACCACUUUAGUGGCUUGGCUUGUUUUUGAGUUAGAAACCUGAAGACCUGACCUCAAACAAGUUCCUAAAUGGAUUAUAUGCACCCUUUUUUCUCUUCAGCUGAAUCAAUUCAUGUUUUGAUGCACAUAGACUUCUUGGCAAAAAAAAAAAAAAGAAGAAGAAGGAAGAAUUCAGAAAUUACUUUCUUAAAUGGCCUCUUUUUUCCCCCCCAAAAAAUUGAAGACGAUUUACAGUAUAAAUCUUAUGAAAAUAUAUAUAUUUUAAAAUACAGUUGUUUUGACCAUUGGUGUGUAAAAACAGCAAACAUUCUGGACCAAUAAUAGAAUUUAGUUUUAUUAUUUAAAGCACGUCUUAAUGAUCUGAUUAGCACAUAUUUUCCAACACAUAAUAAUAAAUAGAUUAUUUUGAAAGUUUCAAUAGGUUCAAUCUCAUUAGAAAGAUCCUGAGAUUACAGUCCUGCUCUUUCACCCCCUCCCAGUACAUCAAGUUGAAAUGCAAACAAUUCCACAGCACUGUAUAUUUUUCUAUGAGGAGUUGCAUUUGCUCAUUUAAAGGUACAGAGCCUCUAGCAUUUUUCCCUCUUUAAUGACAGCAGAAAACCUGAACAUCUGUCUAAAGCAAGACACACACACACUACAUAUUAAAAUGGAGGGAACAUGUUAGUUGGAAUGGCAGGAGAAGUGCAGAUGCUCUCUUUUCUGUAAUUCCCAGCCCUUGAAGACCACAGCCUGGUUAUUAACACGUCACGUGCUGCUAUGAUGGUCCUAAUCGUUCCCUGCAGGGAAUGUGUGUCUAUUGUGUGCACAUCUGUCUUUUUGUUUGCUACAUAUGACAUGAACAAAAUAAAAGCAGAUCUGAUCCAGUCAUAUUGAGAGUAUAUUCUGUAAGUGGGAUAAGAUGUCUGUGAGUGGAAAAUGAAAAAAAAAAAAAAAAAGAGUUGCUUCAAUUGUUAAAUCAAUAUCGUUUGA